AUGUUGCUAGACCUACAAGAAGACACUUGCAAGAAAGCCAUGUGCAUACUCUAUCAUCACGACCCAAUAGUGCGACCCUGUUCUCUUCACAACGUGGACUGCAUCAGGCGUUUCUUCGCCCGUAACUCUAGAUGCUCACCAGUCCACAAGCCAGGGUCAGACACUCACAGGAUCAAGACCUUACCCACAUUUAUGCCCCACAUCAAUGUUACCUUUACAUUAAAUUACCUGGAGCUGAAAGGCUUGAAUAAUUAUAAAAUUAACGAGUUUUACAUAAACAAAGAAACAGACACACUGGUUCUGGAAGUGGUAUUUCCCAACCUCCGGGCAUAUUCUCCUAUCAUCGUUAUAACUUACCAUCGUCGAGGCAAGGAGCCGACACAAUUAGCAGACUUCGGGUUUAUUGAAUACAAAGACCUAUCGCUGACGUUAACGGUCAGUCACAUCAAGGACAUUAAUCUAUCAAAUGGUCACGUUUAUGCCUACAUCUCUGACUCCGCUCCGAAGACCGGGCUGGGGCCUAACUUUACACUGACUAAAGAUCCUCAACAGCAAAUAGCCACUACGCAACUGUUCGCGAGAAUAGGCUUAACUCUGCAAGAAGUUUUCCUAACACAAGGUCCAGUGUUCAUGAACGUGUUCCUGCAAAACUCCAUCUGCGACUUCAACGUACAUUAA